ACCAAAAAAAGCAGACACUUUUAUUAGUAACACAACAAAAACAACAGAAAAAGAAAAUUAAAAAAAAAAAUAGCAAAAGAAUCUAGGCCUUUAAAUCCGAGAAAGAAGUCAUUUAAUUGAACGGUCAUGAUGGAGAGUUCCAUGACGCUUGGAUUCAGUGAGCAACAGUGCGUUGGGACAUUCCCACAGAGAGUAAAACAUUAUGUACAUUACAAUAUUGAAAUGAAAUACCGUUAAGAGAGGAGGGGGCGAGAGAGAGAAAUAAGACUGAGUUAGCAGCCACAGAAAUGGCGCGAGACCUUUGGAAGCAACCGAAGUUAGAGGGGGUUGUGAAGAAUGUCACUCCCUCGUUCCAUCCAAUCCACAUUCACUUUCCCAAUCACACUCCAAUUUUCCCUUUCUUUCUCCAUUCCCUUCCCUUCCUCAAUUUUCUUUUUUCCUUCUUUCUCUCCUUUACUGAUCCACUUUCCCAGAAAAACAAAGAAAAAAAAUGGCGUUCAUUGCCAUUUUUUCCUGUUUUAUCUAAAUCCCAUUUUUCUAUCUCCAUUCUCUUUUUCUUUUUUUUUCUUUUUUUUUUUUUUGUCUGUCAAAAGGGUCAUCUUCUACAACGUUAACUUUAUGUCAUAGACAGCUGGCUAGCUCAAGUUUUAUGAAGAUAAUAAUAUCCAUGAGUUCAUGAACUUUGGAGAUUGAAAGCAUAAAAAAAUGGGAACUCCAGUAAAUAUCAUUGUUGGUUCUCAUGUCUGGGUUGAAGACCCAGAAAUAGCUUGGAUUGAUGGACAAGUAACAAAGAUUAAUGGAAAAGAAGUUGAGAUCCAGGCUACCAAUGGCAAAAAGGUUGUCGCGAACUUGUCAAAAAUAUACCCAAAAGACAUGGAAGCUCCUGCUGGUGGAGUUGAUGACAUGACAAAACUAUCUUAUUUGCAUGAGCCUGGAGUUCUCGAGAACUUAAAGACUCGAUAUGAACUUAAUGAAAUUUAUACUUAUACUGGAAAUAUCCUUAUUGCCAUUAAUCCAUUCCAAAGAUUGCCUCAUAUCUACGAUAGUCACAUGAUGCAACAAUAUAAGGGAGCACCUUUUGGAGAGUUGAGUCCUCAUGUAUUUGCAGUUGCUGAUGUUGCAUACAGGGCAAUGAUUAACGAGACGAAAAGCAAUUCGAUUCUGGUCAGUGGUGAAAGUGGAGCAGGUAAAACUGAAACCACGAAAAUGCUUAUGCGAUACCUUGCCUUUCUAGGUGGUCGGACCGCUACUGAAGGACGGACCGUAGAACAGCAAGUUCUUGAAUCAAAUCCUGUUCUUGAAGCAUUUGGCAACGCUAAAACAGUUAGAAAUAACAAUUCCAGUCGUUUUGGUAAAUUUGUUGAGAUCCAAUUUGAUAAGCAAGGAAGAAUAUCUGGAGCUGCGGUCAGAACUUAUCUCUUGGAACGGUCUCGUGUUUGCCAAAUUUCUGAUCCUGAGCGCAACUACCACUGCUUUUAUCUUCUUUGUGCUGCACCACAAGAGGAAAUUGAAAAAUACAAGUUGGGAAACCCUAAAUCAUUCCACUAUCUUAACCAGUCAAAUUGCUACGAAUUAGUUGGUGUAAGUGAUGCCCAUGACUACCUUGCCACAAGGAGAGCUAUGGACAUUGUGGGAGUAAGUGCCAAGGAGCAGGAAGCUAUUUUCAGAGUUGUUGCUGCAAUCCUUCAUCUUGGAAAUGUAGCAUUUACUAAGGGAAAGGAAGUUGAUUCAUCAGUUCCAAAAGAUGAUCAGGCCAAAUUCCAUCUAAAAAUGACUGCAGAGCUUCUAAUGUGUGAUGCGGCUGCCUUAGAGGAUGCUCUAUGUAAGCGUGUCAUGAUCACCCCUGAAGAAGUUAUAAAGCGAAGCCUUGAUCCUCAAAGUGCAACAACUAACCGUGAUGGUUUAGCUAAGACAAUAUAUUCACGUUUGUUUGACUGGUUGGUGGAAAAAAUUAAUGUCUCAAUUGGGCAAGAUCCUAAUUCAAAAUCACUGAUUGGUGUCCUUGACAUUUAUGGCUUUGAAAGCUUUAAGAGUAACAGUUUUGAGCAAUUCUGUAUUAAUUUCACAAAUGAAAAGUUGCAGCAACAUUUCAAUCAGCACGUCUUCAAAAUGGAACAAGAAGAAUACACAAAAGAGGAGAUUAAUUGGAGCUACAUUGAAUUUGUUGAUAAUCAAGAUGUCUUGGAUCUUAUUGAAAAGAAACCUGGUGGAAUCAUUGCUCUUCUUGAUGAAGCUUGCAUGUUCCCGAAGUCAACACAUGAAACAUUUUCCAACAAGCUUUAUCAGACAUUCAUGAAACAUAAGCGCUUUAUAAAACCAAAACUUUCCCGAACGAAUUUCACCAUUGCUCAUUAUGCUGGAGAGGUCCAAUAUCAAUCUGAUCAAUUUUUGGACAAAAACAAGGACUAUGUGGUUCCUGAGCAUCAAGACUUACUGAGUGCUUCCAAAUGUAGUUUUGUAGCAGGCCUUUUCCCUCCACUUCCAGAAGAGUCAGCAAAAUCUUCUAAGUUUUCUUCAAUUGGUUCUCGUUUUAAGCUCCAACUGCAGCAGCUUAUGGACACACUUAAUUCUACAGAACCCCACUACAUUAGAUGUGUAAAGCCAAACAACCUUCUAAAACCAGCUAUUUUUGAGAAUGUCAACAUUAUGCAGCAACUACGUUGUGGUGGUGUUUUAGAGGCCAUCAGAAUUAGCUGCGCUGGAUACCCUACUCGCAAACCUUUCUUUGAAUUUAUCAAUAGAUUUGGGCUUCUUGCCCCUGAAUUCUUAGAAGGAAACUUUGAUGAAAAAGUUGCUUGCAAAAAUAUUCUGGAAAAAAUGGGGCUUAAAGGGUUUCAGAUAGGUAAAACAAAGGUUUUCUUGAGAGCUGGUCAGAUGGCUGAAUUAGAUGCACGUAGAGCUGAGGUACUCAGUAAUGCCGCAAAGACUAUCCAGCGUCGGGUACGAACGCAUCAGGCUCGCCAAAGAUUUAUUGCAAUGCGAAAGGCUGCCAUAGUUGUGCAAUCAUUAUGGAGAGGAAGAAUGGCUUGCAAACUUUUUGAUCAUAUGAAAAAAGAGGCAGCUGCUGUGAAAAUUCAGAAACAUGUGCGCAGGUACCAUGCCAGGAAAAAAUUCAGGAGCCUCCACAUGUCGGUGCUGGUCUUGCAAACUGGUUUAAGGGCAAUGGCUGCUCAUAAAGCGUUUAGAUUUAGGAAGCAAACCAAAGCAGCAAUAAUUAUUCAGGCUCGGUGGCGUUGUCAUAAAGCUGCCUCAUAUUACAAAAGACUCAAGAGGGGUUCAAUAGCUGCACAAUGCAGAUGGAGGGGAAGAAUUGCAAAGAGAGAACUGAGGAAGCUUAAGAUGGCUGCAAGGGAAACAGGUGCCCUUAAAGAAGCCAAGGAUAAACUAGAAAAGAAUGUGGAGGAACUUACUUGGCGUCUACAGUUGGAGAAACGUUUAAGGACUGACCUAGAAGAAGCAAAAGAAAAGGAGAUUGCAAAACUGCAGAAUUCAUUGCAAGAAAUGCAGAACAAAGUUGAUGAAACAAAUGGAUUGCUUGCCAAGGAACGAGAGGCUGCAAAGAAGGCAAUAGAAGAAGCACCUCCAGUAAUUAAAGAAACUCAAGUUCUUGUUGAAGAUACACAAAAAAUUGAUUCUUUAAAUGCAGAAGUAGAGAACCUAAAGUCCUCAUUGGAUUCAGAGAAGCAAAGAGCUGAUGACUGUGAAAGAAAAUACAGUGAAGUUCAAGAGACUAGUGAAGAGCGGCGUACAAAAUUAGAAGAAACAGAGAAGAAAGUUAGUCAGCUCCAGGAAUCACUAACAAGGCUAGAAGAGAAGCUUACUAAUUUAGAAUCAGAGAAUAAAGUUUUACGUCAACAAGCUGUGUCCAUGGCACCUAAUAAGUUCCUCUCAGGCCGUUCCAGAUCAAUUAUUCAGAGAGCUGAAGGUGCUCAUAUUCCAGGGGAAGUGAAGCCGGCUAUGGAACUACAUAGCUCUUCAAUAAACCAUAGGGAAUCUUCUGAAGUUGAGGAUAAGCCUCAGAAAUCACUCAAUGAAAAACAACAGGAGAAUCAGGAGUUGCUCAUUCGUUGUAUUGCGCAACAUCUUGGCUUUUCUGGAAACAGACCCAUUGCUGCUUGUAUCAUAUACAAAUGCCUUUUGCAGUGGAGAUCAUUUGAAGUUGAAAGAACUAGUGUCUUUGACAGGAUUAUACAGACCAUAGGGAAUGCCAUUGAGACACAAGAUAACAAUGAUAUCUUGGCAUAUUGGUUAUCCAAUGCCUCAACGCUUCUCUUACUACUCCAACGCACUUUAAAAGCAAGCGGUGCUGCAGGAAUGGCUCCCCAACGUCGUCGAUCAUCAUCUGCUACUCUGUUUGGACGGAUGACCCAAAGUUUCCGUGGAGCUCCACAAGGAGUCAAUAUGUCCUUGAUAAAUGGUGGCAUUGGUGGGGGAGUCGAUAGUUUACGACAAGUUGAAGCCAAGUACCCUGCUUUACUUUUCAAACAGCAGCUCACUGCCUAUGUUGAAAAGAUUUAUGGGAUGAUUCGAGAUAACUUAAAGAAGGAAAUUUCUCCAUUGCUUGGAUUGUGCAUCCAGGCACCAAGAACAUCCAGGGCAAGUUUGGUUAAAGGAUCAUCAAGAUCAGUAAACACUGAGGCCCAGAGAGCUUUGAUUGCUCAUUGGCAAGGCAUUGUCAAGAGCCUCGGAAACUUCUUAAAUACUCUGAAAGCAAAUCAUGUACCUCCAUUCUUAGUUCGUAAAGUUUUUACACAAAUAUUUUCCUUCAUCAAUGUUCAACUAUUCAACAGCCUUCUUUUAAGACGAGAAUGCUGUUCGUUUAGCAACGGUGAAUAUGUUAAAGCUGGACUGGCUGAACUGGAGCAUUGGUGUUACAAGGCAACGGACGAGUAUGCAGGUUCAGCUUGGGAUGAGCUCAAGCAUAUAAGACAGGCUAUUGGCUUCCUGGUCAUACAUCAAAAACCGAAGAAAACACUAGACGAAAUAAGUCAUGAUCUGUGCCCUGUUCUUAGCAUACAGCAGCUGUAUCGGAUUAGUACAAUGUACUGGGAUGACAAAUACGGCACGCAUAGUGUGUCCACGGAUGUGAUAUCCAACAUGAGAGUGUUGAUGACAGAAGAUUCCAACAACGCCGUGAGUAAUUCUUUCCUGUUAGAUGACGAUUCCAGCAUACCAUUUUCAGUAGAUGACAUAUCGAAAUCCAUGGAACAAAUUGACAUAUCUGACAUCGAACCACCACCUCUAAUUCGUGAGAACUCAGGCUUUAGUUUCUUGUUGCCACGCUCAGAUUGAUUAAUUUUUUAAUCACAUUAUCAUGGCUUUUCCUCAAGCAAGCGGUAGAUUCAACUUCAACAAUAUUAGCAGUGGCAUAGCUCCCAGUAAAGAUAUUGGAUUCUUUUUUUUUUUUAAAUUCUGUUGUAUAACUAGCUCAUUAAUCUUUAGUCAAGGAAAUGAAAUUAAUUAAAGGCAUAGAGCAGUUUUCUACCACAUGCUAUCUGUUAAUUAUUUAUAUAUUUAUUAUAUUUUAGUUCUCU